AUGGUAAUUCUAUUGCUGCCAAGCACAAUACCCAAUUAUUAUGGGUCGAUCUCAAUGCAGCGAGGCCCGAAAUGCAACAGUACGACCAGUGCAAGGUUUCGUGAACUUAAUCACACUACAUUCUACAAAGCUACAAAUCCAGAAUACAAGACAGCCACAGAAAGUAAUCAAGCAUUAAUUAACGAUGCUGACGAAGAAGAAACAAGCGCUCCAGUUCUCACUAUAGGAAUAGGAGACACAAUAACUCAAGAAGUCAACUUUCAAAUAACUCAAGAUCAAUCCACAUUGAGUCAAGAGAUAGCGAAAUUUCUCCCAUCAAAAACGUAA